AAACAGGACAGAAACAGGAAAGAAAAUAAGUUAUACAACGAUGUGUUGUACGGGGAAAUGUGCCCGCCUGGUGGGCUUGAUUCUGCUGCCGUCUGCGUUCAUCUGCAUGAUCUCCAACCUGCUGCUGUUCUUCCCUGAUGGGAAUAAUCUGGAAAAUGACCAGAUCUCCCUGCAGGUUUGGCUCAUGGGGGGGCUCAUUGGAGGAGGCCUUUUUAUCCUGUGUCCGAGCUGUUCGGCUAUCAGGGCUGGGGGCAAGGGUUGCUGUGGAGCAGGUUGUUGUGGAAACCGAUGCCGGAUGUUGAGCUCCGUUUUCUCCUCUGCUUUUGGAUUGGUCGGAGCGAUCUACUGCACCAGUGUGGCCUCAGCUGGUCUGGCUAUUGGACCCAAAUGUGAGGUGGAGGACCAAUGGAAAUAUCCAUUUGAAAACCUUGGUAAUGGCAGCUACCUCACAAACCAGACUAUGUGGACAAUCUGCGAGUUCCCCAAGAACGCAGUGAUGUGGCAUGUCGUCCUGUUCUCCAUUUUACUGGCAGUAGGGAUGUUGCAGCUGGUGCUCUGCGGCAUCCAGGUGAUCAACGGCUGCAUAGGAUGCAUCUGCGGGGACUGUCGGGACAGCAAAGAUGAUGACGGUGGAUUGUGAAAGGGAUGAAGACCUCACCUUCAAAAGAGCCAAGAUUGUGCCUUGCAUUUUAUUUGCUUCUGGAAGUUUUGAUUCAGGGAUACAUCUUCAUGACAUUUCAAGUAAAUUCCUCGGCUUACUCCAUUACUGUAUGAGUUGUCUCCUAACUGAUGGUUUUAAUGUAUUCAAUGAAUUAUUUUGUGUUUCUCCAUUGUAUAGUACAAGAUUAAACUUUAUAAGAGGUGAAUUUACCAAGCAAAUUAAUUAAAAUAUACAUUAAACAUUACUUACUAUUUA